AUGGCAUUUACAACUAACUUUUAUGUGUACGCUGCGUUUGCUACGUUUUUAUUUCCAAGCACUACACCUAAUCUAGCCCAUGGUCUACGAAUCCUUGGCUUAUUUCCAUAUCAUUCUAAAAGUCACUUUAUCAUGUGCGAACAAGUGAUGAAAGGCUUAGCAGCAAAAGGUCACCAAGUCGAUGUAUACAGUCAUUUUCCAUUAACAAAACCUGUAUCUAAUUACACGGAUUUUAGUCUUAAAGGAACAUUACAAACUGGAGUUAACAAUGUCAACUAUAAUAACGUUGUUAGCAACGAAACUCCCUUGAGGUACCUCGUGAAUAAAUUGAUGAAUGACAUAAAAUUGAUGUGCCAACUCCUGGAUCAUCCAUACUUUCAAAAACUAAUUAAAAACCCACCCAGAAAUCCACCUUACGAUCUCAUUAUUUUAGAGUUUGUCAUACCUGUUUGUUUUAUUCCUUUUGGUCGUCACUUAAAUGUGCCAAUAAUAGGCAUCGUCACUACAUCAACAUUUGAUCUCAUUUAUUAUCCACAAGGAAAUCCGUUUAAUUUAGCAAUAGAUUCCAGUCUCUUCUCACCUUAUAGUACUCCCAUGAGUUUCAGAGAACGACUCGAAAACUAUAUUGCACAUCAUGUAUCCAUAAUAAUUUACAGAUUCUCAGGAGAGAAGCUACAGAACGAAUGCAUAAAAAAAGUUUUUGGGCCAGACUACCCCGGCAGCCCUGAGAUACUUAAAGAUUUUUCGUUCAUUCUAGUAAACCAAAACAAAGCAAUAAACGGUAUAAGACCACUAACUCCUACUAUUGUACCAGUUGGUGGCUUGCAUAUUGUGGAUUCCAACGAAACUCUGUCACAGGACGUACAAAAGUGGUUGGACGAAAGUGAGCAUGGAUGUGUAUAUUUUUCUUUUGGAUCGAUGGUACUGCUAGAAACUUUUCCUUUACCCUUGAUUCAAGAACUCUACAGAGCCUUCAAAAAUAUUGCACCAACUCGUAUUCUACUAAAAGUUGUGAAUUCCAAAUUGCUACCAGAUGGUAUCCCUUCAAACGUCAUGAUUAAACCAUGGCUGCAGCAAAUAAAAGUUUUAAAACAUAAAAACGUGAAACUUUUCGUGACUCACGGUGGUUUAAUGAGUACACAAGAAGCAAUCUAUUAUGAAGUACCAAUGAUUGGCAUUCCCUUGUUUGUCGAUCAAAAUAUGAAUAUCGACGCAUACGUUAAGCUGAAUAUCGUAAUAAGAAUAAACAAACAUGGAAUAAGUGAGCAAUCACUGACAAAAGCUUUCAAGGAGAUUUUGGGCAACCCACUGUACAAGGAAUCCAUGAAGAAUGUCAGUCGAAAAUUUCGGGAUAAUUUAGUAAAUCCAAUCGAUACUGCUGUCUACUGGGUGGAGUACAUACACCGACAUGGCAAAGAUGCACUACGGUCUCCACUGGUCGAUAUGCCUUGGUGGCAAAUUUAUCUGUUAGACGUUUAUGGAGUCAUCGUUGCUGCGAUCGCUGUUGUAAUAUAUUUACUAAUCAAGUUGUGUUUACUCUUAAGAGUCAUGUGGCGGAAAGUGUACCGCCAAAUGAGUUUAAAACUAGUAAAAAAGGAUUAA